AUGGCUUCCAACAACACCGGUCGAGUACAUGAGGGCAAGGUUGCGAUUGUAACAGGUUCAGCACGAAGCAUUGGUGCUGGUAUUGCAAGAAACCUCGCAUCUAAGGGUGCCAACGUCCUAAUCAGCUAUCUAACCGAAGGCUCUGACAGCUCUGCUGCUGAACUCGCAGAAGAGCUUACUAAGAAUCAUGGAGUUGUUGCCGUGCCAUGUCGAUCUGACAUCUCUACACCUGAAGGCUGUGCAGCCAUCAUUAAGGCGUGUAACUCAAAGAUGCCACCAAAUGCCAAAACCAACAAGCUACAAAUUGAUAUCCUGAUCAACUGUGCUGCUAUUAUGAUUGGCAUUGGUCCUCUUGAAUCAGUUACGCACGCGGAUUUUAUCAAGUCGUACGAGACCAACGUGCUAGCUCCUAUCUUGCUUACAGGAGCAUGCAAGCCAUACCUACCAACAGAUCGAUCUGGAAGAAUUGUGAACGUCUCCAGUAUCGGACAAAAGGUCGGCACUCCAUACUUGACGCUUUACAAUGGAACGAAGGGUGCACUUGAGGCUAUGACAAGAACUUGGUCAAGAGAAUUGGCUGAGAAUGCCACCGUCAACACUAUCAACCCUGGUUCGGUACUUACAGAUAUGUUCCGUCAAUGUAGCGACGAUGUGCUUGCAGCUCAAGCACAAUGGAGUCCGUUGAUCCCACUGUCAGGUGUACGUGAGUGGGAUACCGAAGAGGUCAAGGCAGUUGGUAAGAAAUGGGGUGGUCGUCCAGCAUACGUCGAAGAAAUCGCUAGCGUUGUCGGUAUGGUUUGUAGUCCAGAGAGUGCAUGGAUGACUGGCAGUGUUGUCAGCGCUAACGGUGGUCAAUGUUUCAGCACUUAA